GUGACGCUGACAGAAACUUAAGCUACACGGGAAGAGAGAUGUUGACGAAAGCAUGUCAGAUAUGGGGAACUGUUCUAGUAUCAAUAACUUUGUUGGGAUAUACCAGAGUCAACCAAGAUAUCUGCAACUCCAGCGAAAACCCAUGUCCACGGGAAUGUUUUAAGGAGGAAGAAAAGUGUGACCAGCUGUGCCAUAAAGGCAACUAUAACUGUUCUCUUGAAUGUAACGGAAAGAAUUGCGACCAAGAUUGCGACGCUGAAAGCUGUAACCUAGAGUGCAGCAGUAAAGUGUGUGAUCAAAAGUGUAAAAACAACGUAAAAGAAUGCAACAUGCAUUGUAAUGCUAGUAAAUGUAAACAGACGUGCGACGCUAAUGAAUGUCACAUUACAGGAAGUGCAAUCCAGGAUAUACUCGAACAGAAAUGCAACGGAGGAAUAGAUAUAUGCGAUGCAAAAUGCUACGUGAGUAGCGGUAAAUGUUUGCAACAUUGCGAUGCUAAAAUAUGUAAUCUGAAAUGCUGCGGGAAAGAGUGUGAUCAGAAGUGCAACGGGAGAGUAGAUAGAUGCAAUAUGUUUUGCACUACAAAUGAGUGUAAACAAACGUGCGACGCUGGCUCUUGUAACACGACAGAAAUCCAGCUAGUCAAUUCACUGACUGAGCAGAAGCGCACACCAAAUUUCAAUUACAGGACUUUAUAUUAUUGUAACUGCCUCAGCUACGACAACUGA